UUCAUGAGAUAUUUUAAGACGAAUGGGCUAUUCCAAAUGCCUGUUAUCAUAGAGACAAACAUAAUAUUCAGUUAAGCAAGCGUAGUUCAGCCAAUUCUUAUCCAAUAAGGAAUAUGCACAAGUCUGCUAUUUCAUUAUUGAUGUAUAACCCUGGGGGUCUUCCCGCACUUUUUAUGACUCAAGAAGCUAUCCGUCUACGCAGAACCCUCCUACUUCUCUACUGUACCAUGGGAUGCGAAUGCGAUGUUGUAUUUGCUAUGUGCAAGUGAUGUUAAGUUCGCGUUGCGUCACAGCGGGGAUGUGAAGGCACCGAGUGGGUUCACGCGCGUUACGCGUGGCGCAGUGUUCGGAGUGGAGUGGAUCAGAUCAGCGCGUCUGAACCGGCAUACGGUUUGCUCUACUUCUCGUUUGCUUUUGAAGAGUCCAGUGGGCUGUACACGUCUGAAAAGGUCCAGUGGAGUAUCUUGGGUUUUGGAAGGCAGAAAAAAGGGAAAAAAAGAGCAAAAGCUCACAGGUAAGGGACUGUGAGGUUGAGGAAUGGCUGAAGAGAAGAUGCCGGUGUUACAGCGCCGAACGCGAAGAUGCUAAACGCAGAGUGAAGUGAAACGGGGCACAGAGUUUCCAGUCCGGACAAAGGCGGCAUUCUAUUUACCUUGAAUUGAAUGUGAGCUCCUGCUGACCUCCAAUAUUUAAAAUGGGGUUGUCAUGGAAACUGCUGGUGCUGCAAUUAUUCAUGGGGCGCCUUUCAGAAUGCAGCGGUCCUCUGAGGCCCGUAUUCACCAAACAGCCGGGGAGUGUCGUCUUCCCUCUCCAUUUUAAUGAGCCCAGUCGGGAGGUCACCUUCAGCUGUGAAGCCCAGGGACAUCCACCCCCGUCCUACAGGUGGAAAAUGAAUGACAGCUUCAUUUCUCCUCAACCUGGCUCUCGAUACAGCAUCUCAGGAGGAAACCUGCGAAUCAGCCAGCUCAAUAAAGAAGAAGAUGCUGGUAUUUACCAAUGUCUGGCCUCGAACUCUUUCGGGACCAUUCUCAGCAGAGAGGCUAGUCUCCACAUCGCCUAUCUGGAGGAGUUUAAAACUCAGAGGAGAAGUCCAGUGAAUGUCAGAGAGGGCCAAGGUGUAGUUCUCCUCUGUGGUCCCCCACCAUAUAUGGGAGAGUUGACCUUUUCUUGGAUCUUCAAUGAAUAUCCCUCAUUUGUGAAGCAGGACACGCGGCGCUUCGUGUCACAGAAAAUCGGCAACCUGUACAUCGCUAAAGUCGAACCCUCGGACGUUGGAAACUACACUUGUGUCGUCACCAACACGGUGACCCAGACCACAGUACAGGGACCUCCUACGCCACUUGUGCUCCGCAGCGAUGGCAUCAUGGGUGAAUAUGAGCCAAAAAUUGAAGUUCAGCUCCCUGAAAUCUUGGCUGUUGCUAAGGGGUUAACAGUGAAACUGGAGUGCUUCGCUUUGGGAAAUCCAGUUCCUGUGAUCAGCUGGAGAAGAUCAGAUGAAAAUCCAUUUCCCAGAAAAGUGGAUGUUAAUAAGUCAAGUGGAGUGUUGGAGAUCCCUUAUUUCCAACAGGAGGAUGCAGGACAGUAUGAAUGCGUGGCUGAAAACUCCAGAGGCAAAAACACUGUAAAGGGACGGCUUUCAUUCUAUGCUCCCCCUCAUCUCCUGGAGAAGCCCCAGGAUGUGCAGAAAGCCAUUGAUGAAUCUCUGCUGUGGGAGUGUAAGGCGAGCGCCAAGCCCAAACCUUCCUACAGGUGGCUGAAGAACGGAGAACUGCUGGAGUCAUUUGAGGACCGGAUCCAGGUGGUGAACGGUGCGUUGUCCAUCAGCAGUCUGACUCUGUCAGAUACAGGGAUGUACCAGUGUAUCGCUGAGAACCGGCACGGCCGAGUGUUUGCCAACGCUGAACUCAGAGUCAUCGCAGUGGCUCCCGAUUUCUCAGACAGCCUGCUGAAGGCACAGACAUUGGCUCGGCAGGGCGGGGAUGUUUUGAUUGAGUGCAGACCCCGCAUGUCCCCGCGUGGCAUGAUCUCCUGGAGGAAAGGCAAAGAAGCCCUGCGAGAGAGCCACAGGGUCUCUGUGCUGGAUAAUGGCAGUCUCCGGAUAUCCAACAUCACCAAACUAGACGCAGGUCUAUACACUUGUGUGGCGAGAAACCAGUUUGGAGUGGCAAGCAGUGCUGGCACACUAGUGGUGAAAGAGCCAACAAUCAUCAUUUCUAAAGCCACCCAGCUGGACGUUACAGUGGGAGAGAGUGUUGUCAUUCCAUGCCAGGUGACUCGUGACCCCUCCCUUGAAGUGAGAUUCACAUGGUUCUUCAAUGAGCAGCUGAUCAAUUUUGGAAGCCAUGGGGGGUACUUUGAAAAAGUUGGCGGGACGUCUGCUGGUGACAUCAUGAUUCGUAACAUUCAGCUGAGGCAUGCUGGGAGAUACACUUGUGCCGUACAGACUAAAGUGGACAGUGCGUCCAUGGCGACAGAUGUGGUGGUACGAGGUCCCCCUGGCCCACCAUUGGACAUCAGAGUUGAUGAGAUCACAGAAACAACAUCCUUUGUAUUGUGGCGUCCGGGUCCUGAUAACCACAGUCCUGUCUUUGCCUACAACAUCCAGACCAGAAGUCCCUUCUCUCUCGGGUGGCAGGCUGCCAAAACAGUGCCGGAGACUCUAGGAGGAGAUCAGCUGACGGCUCGUGUUGUGGAGUUAAGUUCAUGGGUGGAGUGUGAGUUCAGAGUGCUGGCCACCAACUCUAUAGGCACCGGGGAACCCAGCAAACCCUCACAAAAAAUAAAGACCAAAGAUUCUUUGCCAAGGACGACCCCGGCCAGGGUUAGCGGAGGAGGCGGCAGUCGCUCUGAGCUUGUCAUCACAUGGGAGCCGGUUCCUGAAGAGCUGCAGUGUGGUCCGGGGUUCGGCUACGUGGUGGCUUUUCGUCCUCUCGGUGGUCAGAACUGGAUGCAGGCGGCCGUGACCUCCCCUGAUGCAUCUAGAUAUAUCUUCAAAAACGAGAGCAUUCCUCCAUUCUCUCCGUUUCAAGUGAAAGUGGGAGUGUAUAACAACAGAGGAGAAGGUCCUUUUGGACCCGUGACUACUAUAUACUCAGCAGAGGAUGAGCCGAGUCGCGCCCCCAGUCGAGUCCGUGUCAAGAGCCUGUCAGCCUCAGAAGUAGAGGUCAGCUGGAAGCCUCUACCAUGGAGCACCAGCAGGACACGCAUAAUGGGUUAUGAGCUGAGGUACUGGAGUACAAAAGACAAACCGGACACAGCCAGUGUGAUGAGGACUGUGGGAAACAGGACAUCAGCUGUUAUUCGUGGACUGGACCCCAGCAGCACAUAUUACAUCAAACUUAAAGCCUACAAUAGUGCUGGUGUUGGGCCUGACAGUGCUGAGGUCAACGUCACCACUAAAAGACCCCCACCGAGCCAGUCCCCAGCGAAAGUCAUGUGGAAUACCACAGAUUCCAAACUCAUCCUCAAAUGGGACCGAGUCAAGGCACUGGAGAAUGAAUCUGAAGUUAUGGGAUAUAAGGUCAUGUACAAACAGAGCAGACAGAUUCGGCCCAGCGUGGUGGAGACUAACAGCACAUCUCUGGAGCUCUCUUUGCCUAUGGAUGAGGAUUACAUCAUCCAGAUUAAACCAGUGAGUGAGGGAGGAGAUGGAAGCAGCAGUCGACAGAUCACCAUUCCCAGGAUAGCAGUUGCACAUGCAAUAGGAUUAGCAACAGAGAGGAAAGCACUACCAUCGCUCGUAGCAGUAGCGUUCUGUACGGUGAGGACUUUAUUAUGACAGAAGAACUCUACAGCGGGGAGAACAGUACAAACAUGCACCACAAGUGGAUCCACUUGAUGUUUCCUCUAGCUUUUUCAAGAGGAAGUUUGCUAUCUCGGUUUCAAUUACUGACACCAAAGCUGCGGAGACAAUGGAGUUUUUGGAUAAAUUGAGUGAUUUCAUAUUGACAGAUGUUAAAUGUGCGGUUUCCAUCGGAUGUUCAAGGUGCAUAAAAUGAGAUGCGGUUCAUUAGGGAUUCACACGCAGGGAUGUGUUUUUGUCUAAGACGAAUCCAUAUUCAUCCAUUAGAUGCUUGGCAGUGGAGAACCACGCAUAUGCCUUUUCCAUAGCAACCCUGGGACUAAAUGAACUCCGUUGAAGAGGAUCUCUACUGCCAUACCUCAUAGACAUUUUCCUUACCUGAUCUUCCUCAUCAACACUCGAUCAGCUGUCCUCAGAUCAGACAGAGUUUACAGUCCCAAAAUGUUGACAUGGAUCCUGUCUGUUUGAAAGACAAAGUCAAUGCUGCUGGCCUUACAGUAUACAGAAAAAGAGCUCACUGGCCGUUCCUUCUGUCGAGCGCUGGGACCUUUGUGUGACCUAGCGUGUGCCUCUUUGAUGAGAAACAGUAUGUAAGAUAUCCUCAGGACCAGAACAGCCUUAACUAGUUGUCAUGAUUUGUUCAGUUGUCAUGAUGUGUUCAAUUGUUCAUUUCCUUUAUUUUUCAGUUGAUUGUAAAAACAACAACAGCGUUUAUUAUUCCGUUGAGGCGCUUUCAAUAGGUAAUAUCGGUGGUCAUUGAAAUACCUAUGAAAUAAUGCUUACGUUCCGUUAUUUUCAAGCUGUUUAGCAUGAACUGGCUUUGUAGUGGCAGUAUUUGAAUGGACUGUCUGCUUUUAAUAAACGAAGGAACACAAGUAAUGUUUUCUUCCGAUUUGUGUGGGUUAGUGACCAUUUUUCUUGUUGGUCACAGAUGGUAAAGAGGCAUAUUUUCUUGGGAAUUUCUUGCUCGUUUCAUGUUAAUUGAAUGAUUGAAAGGUACUAAUGUUUAACCAUACAGUAAAAUGACACAAAGAAUAAAAUGAGCACUUCAGAAGAAGAAGAAGCAUGAAAGGGAAAUAUAAAGGAUAUUUAUUGUAUAGAAAUGUGACGCUGACGUCACGCCCUAUGUUGCAUGUUGCAGUGGCGCCGCCAUCUUGGAAGGAUCAUACUCUGCUGCUACUAUUGUUUUGAUAUGUAUCAUCACUUGUUUUGUUUGAGACACAAAACACUGCAUUGAACGCACUCCAAUACACUCCACAGAAUACACUCCAAUUUGAUAUUUUAACACAUAGGCCUACCUACUGGCAUUGAAAAACAAAAACACUGAUGACAGCUGUAGUUAAACACAAUAAAACAAGCGGACUGAAUAGAAACGAUCAUCAAAAAAGUCAUAAGUGCAUUAGUAUAAAGGGAGAGGGAACAGUGAGAAGGCUCAUCUUAUGUGUCAGGUUUGUGUUCAAGUAAAUGCAUUUGCUAACGUUUGCCACUGUUAGUACACGCAGGCAUCUAUAGAUGUGUACGCUCUCAGUUUAUCUUUACUAUACACGCUUGGUUUCUCUGUCUGGUAGGUGUAGAUGUCAGGCCACUUAACUGGAGGUAAUCCUGUCAGUUCCUCCCUGGAUCCAUUGAGUGAGCGCGUACAGGUUGGCCAGAUUCCUUGCGUUAAAGUCAACUUUUUCAAAAACAAUCGUGGUCCUAGUCAGUGAGUGACCUUACAUGUGAAAAUGUAAUCAGAUUUUUUUUAGUCAUUGUCAAAAAGCAAGCAAACAAAAUGCGCUACCUAGCAUUAGUAAUGCGGUCAGGGGGAUCUUUCUGCCUCCACCUAAGCUCCGCCCACAAAAACGAGUCACAAUGUUUACUAACAGAAAAGGCGUCUAUAUGAAGGCCUAUAGUUACUUCAGCUGAUAAGAGAACGUUUUAAAUUAUUGGCAAUGAACUCUGUAGACAAAAUGUAUGAUAUGCUGUCAGUUACCAUAGAAAAUGUGUUUAGAGAAACUCUUAUAAAGGAUGUUUACAAAUGCACAGCACUUGAAUAGACCCCUUUCUCGCCAACGUCACGGCGCUAGCUGGAGGCAAAACAAAGGGAAAACUGGACGCGGCCAAUACAAACCAGCACAGAUUCAGCUACAUAAGGAGUUUAAAAUAUCAUCUUGUUGUGUUGUUUAGUGCCACAAAGGACAGAAUACAGUCUCCAAUUUGAUAUUUUAACACAUUCCCCUGCCAUUGUCAAACAACAACACUGACGACAGCUGUAGUUAAACACAAUAAAUGAUCAUUAAACAUGCUCGCGUUUCACUUUAUAACAGUAACCUAAGAUUAAAAAACUUCUGUCUUUUGUUGGUGUGGAUUAUGAUUUGGGUAUGUGUCUAAAAAUAUCUCACGUAUGCCUAAAUCAUAAACUGGGGAACAAUGUUAUUUUUCACAUAGCGUUACUUUUGAACGCAUAGGGUAUGCUCGCUAACUUUGUUAGUUAUACAACUAGCAGUUAACUAUCGGCCAGAAACUAAACAUAAAAGAAACUGUUUGUCAUCUAUUUUUAGUUGUCACAAGUGCAUUAGUAUAAAGGGAGACAAUAGGGGCUGGCUGCAGCCGAUGGGGCGAGUGGAGCUCCACUCUCGAACAGGAAAUACGUCACCUCCACUCAAUAAUAAAGAAGCGGCAAAAUGGUGUAGCUGAGCUCUCCGAAGUUCGAACUUUAACUCGGGUAAUUUUAUCUCAGCAUCCCUACACUACUUGCAGACUGUCGCUGUCUUAACGUGCAAUGCAAGCACAACGCAUAUGGCUUGCGUGAAAUUACGCAAAAAGGAUGAAUAAACACGAUGGAUUUAUAUAUUUUUGAAGAUCAAUAUUGAUGUCUCGCCAAUGUUAGCUGAUGUUGCAUGAAUUUCUUUAAAAUACAGGUUUAGAAAAUUCGAUUUUUUUAUAUAAUCCACUGAAGUACUGAAAACCCUGAUGUUACACACCCCGGUACCGUAGGUGGAGAUAUACACCUAAACAUGUUGGUUGCGACCCGCCAUUAAAAGGAAAGAAGAAGAAUGAGAAGAACGUUCGUUGAUCCUUAUUUACUGUUACUUGCAGUUGAUGUGUUUUGUCAACUCACUUUCACUCAAAAAACAAUUAAAAUUUGUGGAAAUUAUUCAAUAUUUUACUGUGGUUGUUUUGUAUGAUGU